CAGCAGGAUCUGGGUGGCCUCGGGCUUGCCGGCAUCUGCCGCGAGGUCACCCGAGUCCUCUGCGCCACCAUCUUCAAUUCCUCCUGCUUAGGUCCCAUGCUGCUCUCCCUCAUCUUGCCCUGCGCCAAUGACGUCCUUAGCUCCCGCGUCGACUCCAACCAAGACAGCCUCCUCCGCCUCGCCGCGUACUGGGCCGCCUUACUUCUCUUCAAGCUCCUCUACUUUGGUCUCUGCUACGUGUUCACGCUCUUCUGCACCUGCGCCUACGUGUUCCUAGUCGCUUCUCUCUAUUGCACCGGCGGCGAUUUCGCCGCCGCCAAUCACGGCCGCCACGCCCUCCCAGUCGACCCGUCCAGGCGGCUUAAUCGCACCUUCUUCUUCCUCGCAAUCCCUCUACUGAUCACAUUCUACGCCGGCGCCCAAGCCUGGAUCGCGCUCCAGCAGCUGGACGCUCCGGGCGUGGUCACCCUGCCGCUGCAGCUCAUGGGCGGGGCCGCGUGCCUUGCCGGCGCCGCGUACGCCGCCGUCGUCUGCCAGCUGGCCUGCGUGGUCUCCCUCCUCGAGGACGCCUGGCUUCUCACCGCCAUACGCAGGAGCCGCGCGCUCCUCGCCGGCAAGUUCUGGCCGGCGGCGGCCAUCUUCCUCACGCUCGACGCCUGCAUCGUGGCUCUGCUAAUGGCCUACACGGUUCUGGUGGUGGCGGUGCGCGACGCGCUGGGGCUGCGUCUCGCUUUCCUGCUGGCUGCGGGAGUUGGGAUGACAGUCGCUCUGUGGGCGGUGCUCGUCGUCACGCUGGUGGCGCAGCCGGUGGUGUACCUCGUCUGCAAGAACCACCACCACGAGGUCGUUGACAACGUCCACCUCAACUACGUCGGAGAGUACGAGCGGCUCGCCGUCGACGGCGACAAUGGCGUGGAGCUGCAGCCGGCGCCGCAGGUCACUACAACUGCCUAGUCCAUCCAGUUCAGUGAGUCCCCGGCCCCCAGACCCCAGCCGGCAGUACUACUACUCUAUUCAUUCUUGGAUUUGAGAGACAAUUAAAAGUACUACUCCUAUGUUUUGAGACAAUUAGUAAGUGCGUUAGCUACCUUCAUCACAGUUUGAAUGUAUUAGUCGUAUGAUGACUACAUCUCAUCCGAUUUUGGCACAUCAUGUGUGUUUGGUUCUUGUAUAUAUUUGUGUGACGCUGUGAGCUAGUAUAAUUGUUGAGCUUAUUAACUUUAGUAGUACUCUCUUUUAUUUA